UCAUAGGGUUUCAUCCAAGUUGCAGACUUACAUUCCUCCCUUGCUCAAUUCCUGUUUCUUCGGCUCUCGUUCUCCAGAGCUCUAUUAGAGAUCUGUGUCCGUAGUUUCCGCUUUCCGGCUUUACCAUGCGAAGGUAUAGUCCAGCGUAUCAUAGUCCUCCAAGGAGAGGAUAUGGGGGUCGAGGAAGGAGUCCCCCACGAAGGAGAUAUGGUGGGUAUGGUGGACGCAGAGAGCAGAAUAAUGGAAGUCUUUUGGUUCGAAAUGUUCCUCUCAAUUGCGGACCAGAAGAUCUUCGAGUUCCAUUUGAAAGAUUUGGACCAGUAAGGGAUGUGUAUCUGCCAAAAGAUUAUUACACAGGGGAACCUCGUGGCUUUGCAUUUGUGCAGUUCGUGGAUCCUUAUGAUGCUACAGAGGCUCAGUAUCAUAUGAAUGGACAACUUUUUUGUGGGAGAGAGAUAACUGUGGUUCUUGCGGCGGAGACCAGGAAAAGGCCAGAAGAGAUGCGUAACCGAUCCAGGUCAACGAGGGGACCUUCAGGUUAUGGAGGACAGCGAUCAUCAUACUACGGACGUUCCCAUUCCCGUUCAGUAUCCCGCUCACGUUCCCCUCGUUAUGCUCCACCUUCUAGGAGUCGAUACCGUUCGAGAUCCUAUUCUCCUGCACCGAGGCAGCGAGGUGGCUACUCCAUUUCCCCAAGGACAAGGCAGGCAGAUCGCUCUAGAUCACCAAGGGAUCUUCCACCAGAACGAGAUGACCGCUUGCAGAGACGGUCGUAUUCACCAGGUUAUGGUGAUGCUGACAGAGAUCAUGAGAAGCCUAUCUAUGAUGCAGAGGGAACACAAGUAGGUUGGAGAUCUCCUGGAGGUGCGUCAAGAUCACCAUCUGGGUCACGAUCGAGGUCUGCUGACUUGUCACCCAGACACAGCAGAUAAAGUAAAGGCAAGUUGCAGAGCAAGACCACCAGUCUAAGCUUCUUGUUGAUUGUUUAACUGGUGUCUUUCA